AUGGGGCGCCUAAAUCACGUUGGGUGUAUUUGCCUGGUUCUCUGUAUUCUCCUUUCAAUCUCCUCAGGCAUUGAAACCAUUAAAGGUAAAGCAAAAAUCCCAGCUUUCUUCACAUUCGGCGACUCACUCGUGGAUCCUGGCAACAAUAACUUUAUUAACACCAUUGCCAAGGCCAACCAUGCUCCAUAUGGGCAAGAUUUCAGAGGUCACGAACAAAAUGGUCGCUUUUCUAAUGGAAAACUUGCAACAGAUUUUAUCGCUUCUAGACUUGGGGUAAAGGAAAACAUUCCACCAUUUUUGGAUCCUAAUCUCAACAGCCAGGAGCUUCUCACAGGUGUUAGUUUUGCUUCCGCUGGAACCGGAUUUGACAACCUCACUUCCACACGUUUUGAGAUAUACAAGCUUGGGGUACGCAAACUGGGCGUGGCAGGGCACCCUCCACUGGGAUGCAUACCGAUAGAGAAAACAUUACAGGGAGAAUCAAUGCUGAAUGGAUGUAUUCAGGCAAUCAACUAUAUUUCAUCUUCUUACAACCAAAAGCUCAAGGAAGCCCUCCAAGGAUUGAAAGCUCGUCUUCCAGGCAUUAGACUGGAGUACGUAGACAUCUAUGACAAUAUGUUAGACAUGAUAAAACAUCCUUUGUUAUACGGAUUUGAGAUAUCAAAUAGGGGUUGCUGUGGAACAGGAUUACUCGAGGUUGGGCCACGUUGUGAUAAUAGAACUCCGAUUACUUGUUCCAAUACAUCAAAAAGUGUUUUCUGGGAUUCUGCUCAUCCUACACAGGCUACAUAUCAGAUAAUUGCUGACAAGCUCCUGCUCCAAAAUAUUCCAAAGCUGCUCUAAGAAAUAACCAAAAUGUUUAUUUUCGAAGUGCGAUAAAUUAAUGUGCAAUAGUAUAGAAAAUUGCUGCCAUGUAAAAGCGGUGAGUUAUUGAAGAAUUUAUGUAAAGGUGGCAAUAACGUUGCCCCGUUUGA